GGCGGCUUUGAGGCUUAGUUAUCGUGACGGGGAACGCUAGUAUUGCUAGCUUCGAGCUAAUCGUUGGGGCUGCUUGAGGCUGAUUGAUGAUUUGGCUGGAGGAUGUUGUUCUCCGAGAGGUUUGCGCGGCUAUUCCGAAGAAGAGCAAGUGAAUUAGCAGGAUUGCUCUGGCUGUUGAUUAGAGUAGACCAGCGUAGAAGGAAAGUUCGAUGCAGACAGGAUCGUUGGCUAGUUGAGUCGCCUACUCCGAAGUCUAGACUGCCAAAAGCUUCUAUCGUAGAACAUGGGUCGACAGAAGGAAAAAAAAAAAAAUUUGAAGGGGGGAAAGGCUAGGAGGCAAACUCGUCCACUCCGAUGCCUUUUGCCAUGGAUGGCGUUGCGGUGAGAACAGACUUCCCUGCUAUUGCAG